CCCACGCAAGGUUGCGCGCCUCUCGAUUUGAGAAAAUUGAGAAUUCAAAGUUCAAACAUAACACAUACCACAUUUAAUGACAUCAUAGGCACCCUUUUAGAUCUAAUCCUCAGAAUCAGCUUCAGCCUUUCUCUCUAACUCCCUCACUCACACUCACAGUUAAGCAAUGGCGGGGAAAGGAGGAAAGGGGCUUCUUGCAGCGAAAACCACCGCGGCUAACAAGGACAAAGACAAGGACAAGAAGAGACCUAUUUCUCGUUCAUCUCGUGCCGGAAUCCAGUUUCCUGUGGGACGUAUCCAUAGGCAGCUGAAACAAAGGGUCCAAGCUAAUGGACGUGUUGGUGCCACUGCUGCCGUAUACUUAGCCUCAAUUCUUGAGUAUCUUACUGCUGAAGUUCUUGAACUUGCUGGGAAUGCAAGCAAGGAUCUGAAGGUGAAAAGGAUAACACCAAGGCAUUUGCAGCUUGCUAUCAGAGGAGAUGAGGAGUUGGACACCCUUAUUAAAGGGACCAUUGCUGGGGGUGGUGUCAUUCCUCACAUCCACAAGUCCUUGAUCAACAAAACAGCCAAGGAUUGAGCUCGCUCUUUGGCCUUCUGAUUUCAUGUUGCUGUUUACUGAGAACUAAGUUUGUGUUUAUUGUGAAUUGAUCACAGUAGUAGGUUUGUAUGAAUGAUUUAUUUUAACAGUUUUAUAACUCAGGUUGUAGUGUGUACAUGGCUUGCUAGACAAUGCUUUCUUUAACUAUUUUAAUGGGUCUGUUGUUAGAGCUUUAACCAUGUUGGAUUGCUUGCUAGACAAUGCUUGCUUUUAGGUGCAAUCUGUGAUUUGUUGUUGUCUUUGUUGGCAAUUGACCCCUCACCCCUUCAUAUA